GUAUUGGUGAACUUCGUAAUCGCUGCUGGCCCAAUGAGUACUGGCGCCAUCGAUAGUGGCUCCAAUAACCUCUGGGCCCUACUGCUGGGAUCUCGUAGAGUGCUGAAGCUCAGCAGAUUGCGCGCAUUAGAAGCAGGGUUCAGCCCUAAUUUCGCCACUGCACUGGGCAUUCUCGUUCACUUUAGGCUGAUGCUUAAAUUCAUCUGCCUGCCAAACAAUUAUUAG